CGUAAAAUCAAUUGUUUACAUGAUCAGAAUGCUCUUCAGCUCUUCUGUUGGAAUGCUUUUAAGGAUAUCCGUCCUCAAAUUGGUUAUGAGAACCUCUCGUAUAUGUUGAUAAAUUAUGCUAAGGGUCUUCCGUUAGACCUCAUAGUAUUAGGUUCUCUUUUGCGAGGUAGAAACUAGAAACAUAUCUGAAUGGAAGAGCACGCUGGAUAAAUUGAAAAGAAUUCCCAAUGAAGAGAUCUUCAACAUGCUUAAAAUUAGUUUUGAUGGACUAGAGGAACAGGAGAAGUCCAUUUUCCUUGAUAUUGCUUGUUUCUUACAGGGGAAGAGUAAAGACUACAUAAUGGAUUUUUUAGAUGCGUGCAGAUUCGAUUCGGUAAUUGGGAUACAGAUUCUCAUAGAGAGAUCUCUUGUUAGUAUUGAGUAUGGUGUGAUACAGAUGCACGAUUUGCUUCAGCAGAUGGGAUGGGAAAUCAUUCGCCAAGAGUCUAUUAGGGAGCCUGGACAACGUAGUAGGUUGUGGUCAACUGAUGAUGUGCUCUAUCUUUUGAGUAACAGUUUGGGGACAAAUGCAGUCGAAGGCAUAGUUAUAGAUUUACUUGGACCUGAAGAGGUGCACUUGGGUGACAAUGCCUUCGCAAAUAUGACGAGUCUUAGACUGCUUGUAAUGCAUGGUGCACACUUUUCUGGUACUCCUCUCCGACUUCCUUCUGGGUUAAGGUGGAUUGAGUUGGCUGGAUGUUCUCUUCCAUCACUUGAAUUUAAUUUUGGCCUGAAGAAACUUAAGGUAGUUAAUCUGAGGGGCAGCAACAUCAAAAGCCUGGGAGCGGGAUUCCAGAAUUUCAAGCAUCUGAAAUCCAUAAAUUUUGCAGAUUGUGAACGAUUAAUUGAAAUCCCUGAUUUUUCAACUGUAGAAAAUCUUGAGACAUUAAUUUUUAGUGGCUGUAAUGCCCUAACUAAAGUUCAUGAGUCGGUUGGAUUUCUUUUGAAGCUCGUCACUUUGGACCUACAUUCUUGCUCUAACCUCAGCAGUUUUCCUUCCAUCAUCAAAUUAAGAUCUCUUGAAACUUUUGCCUUAAGUGGGUGUACCAAGCUAAAAACAUUUCCUUGUGUCGGUGAAAACAUGCCAUGUCUGUCUGAUCUUUGCCUGGAAAAGUCCGGUAUAGAGGAGCUGCCUUCAUCUCUUGAACAUCUGGUCAAUCUUGAAGCCAUAUUCUUGGAUGGAUGCAAAAACCUUACCUGUCUUCCAACAAGCAUGUAUAAAAUGCAUUGCCCUCGCCUGCUUUAUAUGAGUAAUUGCUCAAAACUUGGUAAAUUUCCUGAGCUCAUUGAAGAUGUAGACUCAAUAUGUUUACCUUAUCGCUGCUCUUUGUUGAGGUCUGCAAGUCUCGGGGAGCUUGUUCUCAGAAAUUGCAAUUUAAGAGAUGUAGAUAACCUAUUGGCUCCACAAAGCUUCACUACAUUGAGAGGCUUAGAUCUGUUGAAAUAG